GCUCUGUCGGCCUCGGGAGGCGCAGCAUUCGCCGCCUUAGAAGGAAGGAGGUCCGUUGUGUGAGGAGGCUGCUAUGGUGCUGAGUUCCCGGGUAGACCCGACCGAGCCGAGGCGGUCGCUGCCAUGAAGGCGGGUGCUACUUCUAUGUGGGCUUCAUGCUGUGGGCUGCUAAAUGAAGUCAUGGGAACUGGAGCUGUCAGAGGUCAGCAGGCGGGAUUUCCAGGAAGCACCGGCCCAUUCAGAUUUACACCUAGCUCUGACUUUCCCACCUACCCACCAGCAGCUACUGAAGGGCCCAAUAUAGUUUGCAAAGCGUGUGGGCUUUCAUUUUCAGUCUUUAGAAAGAAGCACGUCUGCUGUGACUGCAAGAAGGACUUCUGCUCCUUUUGCUCAGUUUCCAACGGAAACCUCCGCAGAUGUUCUACUUGUCACCUACUGCAGGAGACAGCCUUCCAGCGCCCUCAGUUGAUGCGGCUGAAAGUGAAGGACCUACGGCAGUAUCUCCUCCUCAGAAACAUACCGACUGACACUUGUCGGGAGAAGGAAGACCUGGUAGAUCUAGUACUGUGCCAUCGUGGACUAGCUUCAGGGGGUGACCUGGACUCAAGCAGCCUGAAUUCCUCACGGUCCCAGACUUCUAGUUUUUUUACACAAUCGUUUUUUUCAAAUUAUACAGCCCCCUCUGCUACUGUGUCCUCCUUCCAGGGUGAGCUCAUGGACAGAGAUGGGACCUUCAGAUCAGAAGUUCUGGCACAGGUACAAAGUGAAAUAGCUUCAGCCAACACAGACGAUGAUGACGAUGAUGAUGAUGAUGAUGACGAUGAAGAUGAAGAAGAUGAUGAUGAACAAGAAGAAGAAAACUUGGACGAACAGAACCCAGGACUCUCUAAGAAGAAAGUGAGAGCCUCGCUGUCCGACCUGUCAAGCCUUGAAGAGGUAGAAGGGAUGAGUGUGCGCCAGCUGAAGGAGAUCCUGGCUCGGAACUUUGUCAGCUAUUCUGGCUGCUGUGAAAAAUGGGAGCUGGUAGAAAAAGUCAACCGGUUGUACAAAGAGAAUGAAGAAAACCAAAAGUCAUAUGGUGAGCGGAUGCAGCUUCAGGAUGAGGAAGACGACAGCCUGUGCCGAAUCUGCAUGGAUGCAGUCAUUGACUGUGUCCUGCUGGAAUGUGGGCACAUGGUCACCUGCACCAAGUGUGGCAAGCGCAUGAGUGAGUGUCCCAUCUGUCGGCAGUAUGUGGUGCGUGCUGUGCAUGUUUUCAAGUCAUGAGAUUGAGGCCCCUUGCAGUGGGACACACCCAUGAUUCUAUCCCAAACAUCUGAGUGCAUAAAGGACUGGAAACUUACUGUUCCAAGGCAGAGACUAUUUUUAAAAAUUAUUUUCAUUACUGACUGGGGACAGAAAGUUCAUCCUAAGACAGGCCUAUGCCUGUGGACACAUGGCUUUCCCAGCUUUCUGCUGGGUUUUAUCACUUGUUUCCCCUGGGCACUAGUUGCUGAGGUCAGACUGUCAGUGUGGGUAUUUGCUCUUGCUCUAUGGAGGCCUGUCUCUUAAUUUCCCCUUUAUCCUGUGUUUGAAACGUAUGUUCUCUUAGAAAUGAACUCAUUGUUCACAAGUGGACUAGUGUGGACUACACUGAGCAGUGGCUGCUCUGAAUGUUCGCUUUAUUAGUCAUGUAUAUUUUAAAUGCUAAUAUUUGAUGAAUGUAAGUUUCCACAUUGUUGCUAUCUCUGCAUUUAAACAUAAUUGGGAGACAAUUGACAUUCUUUAGUCAACUGCCAGGACCUCAGAUAAAUAUGUCCAUUUUUGUUCAGGUACAGCUUUUAAUAGCAAGGGCUGCAUCUAGCUUCUUAUCUUAGAAGUGUGUGUGUGUGUGUGCUAAAUUCUUUAUUAACAUGUAAUCAGUUUACACUGUUUUGUAUAGUGAAGUUGUAUUUUUAGUGCUACCUGCUAGUAAUUUCAACUUCAGGAAUAAAAUUAGAUUAAAAGGCUGCUGUAAUUUA